UUUCGCAAUGCGGAAACAAUUCUUCUGCUGUGUGCUUUCGGUGUAGGAUAGGUGUGGGAAAAAAUAAACACAUUCGUUUCAUGUUGCCUACAAGUAAACUAGAACAAAAAUGUCUAGUUUUGUUUGGUGUGUAAGGACGCUGACAUGAUAAAAUAAAAUGUAUUAAACUUUUCAAACUUCAACACAUUGACUGGAUUAAAAUAUUUAAAAAAUAAAAUUGUGUAAAAAUUUCUUCAGAUUUUGUCGCCAACACGGAAACCAACACGCAGAUGCCACUAGAGAGACUAUUCUAUUUUAUCUGCCUGUAACUCGACUAGAGCUACAAUGGAAGCUCCAGCUCAGGGUGAAGUUUACAGCAAUGCUGACCAGAGUUUUGUAGUGGACUGUCCACAAAGAGAGGGCUAUCCACUUACAGAGGGCUGUCCACUAACAGAGGGCUGUUCUAAGAUGUGUACUCACGUAAGGUGCUGUCAUGCUAAGUGCAGAAGCACCAAUGGUGCUAGAAGACAGGGCUGUCAUUCACUGUGCAGCUGCACAAAGGAUUAUCACACCACAUGUUGUAACAAAACAGAUUCUCCGCCUGAGUAUAGGAAUACAAAGAUUUUUCUUUCUGUGUGUAAUGGCACAAAGGGUAGUUGCACAAAGUACUUUAACACAAGGGGUAGUAGCACAAAAGAUUAUCAUCCUGCCCAUAGCAGCACUUUAACAAAGCACCGUGCAGUGCUGAGAAAGUACCACUGGACUAUUGCAGUACUCCUACUCAUAAUACCACCCCAUACCACAGCUCAGAACAACUCAGUCUGCCUGAAUGCAACAUCCUCUUUAAUUGUCCCUAACUACACAUGGAACCUCACUGCUACUCUUGCAGUCUCAUUCUCAGCGUGUUCAGACUCUGGAACUUUGUUAACCACAUCAUCAUCAUCACCAUCAUCAUCCACCACUCAGGAACUUCGACUAGCCUUAUCAAACAACUCUGUUGUUUUUGCUUGGAACAUCAGCGGACAAUCUGGCAUAGCUGCUGUCAAGUAUUGGGUCAACAAAAACUCAUGGUAUAUGGUGAAGAUGGAGUACAUUGGAGGCGAUCUGAAUCUCACCCUGCUUCAAGGGACCAAGGCUGUGGCCAGCGCUGUGCUUGUGGCCAACUCCAACUUCAAUUCAUUUCUUCUCAACGUCAGGUAUGUUCUCACUGUUAAGUUUUACAAUGGUUCUCAAAUAUUUAGUGUGCCCUCCAACUUCAAUUCCUUUCUUCUAAACGUCAGAUAUGUUGUCACUGUUAAGUUUUACAAUGGUUCUCAAAAUAUCUAG